UCGGACAUCGAUAGGUCGACGUUCCGACACGAGUGCCACACCUGUAGUAAGAGUUUCGCUAAAAACAGUCAACUCGUGCGUCACUUACGUAUCCAUACGGGAGAGAAGCCAUACGUGUGUGAAGUGUGCGGACAGGCGUUCAAUCAGAAGAACUCGUUGGACACACACCGGCGCUGCAAACAUACCGAUGACAAGAGAUACCUGUGCCGGUUCUGCGGGGUUAGGUUUGCGCAGAGCGGGAACAUGCGGUCUCAUAUCGAGCGCCUACACGCCCCGCAAGUAGACAUACCGGCCGAACAGCUGUACAACUGUCCCCACUGUGAGUGUGUGUUCCGAAGGGUCGGUAUUCUGAACUGUCACAUCAGUCGACGACAUCCCUGCGCCCAACCGGACGCGGAGGUCGACCUCCAGAAUCCCAUUCCGCCGGAUGUCUCAAACACACUACUUGUCCGUCAAGACUCAGAGGUCAUCAACAGCACCGGUAGUCUUAAAACUAGUGGACAGUUGGCUUUGAGUGCAGAAACGGAUAACGGUUUGGGCGACCAAACCUGUAUAUUGAGUAAAGCACUGGAAAAUAGUGGCGUAACCGACAAUACAGGCGCUAAAAUUGACGGUAACGGCACCGGAACUGAUGAUUGUGAUAAGCGUGUGGCACAG